UAUGGCGAGAAUGCCUGGCAGCGGGGACUGUAACACCAGCGCCGGCGGCAGCGCCAGCGCCGCCGCCGCCGCCGCCGAGAACAAUGGGGAGCGGGGCGAGGGCGAGCGUGGCGCGGGGGGCCGCGGCCGCCGCCACGGCCGUCCGCACUACUGCAGCGCGGGCGAGGAGGAGGAGGAAGAGGAGGAGGAGGACGAGAUCCAGGAGGUGCAGAUAACGGGGGACGAGGAGGAGGAGGAGGACGGAGGUGGGGGGCUGGAGGAGGACGAGGAGGAGGAGGAAGAGGAGGAGAUGGGGCUGGACUGGGACGAGCCCCUGGAGCCCGAGGACUCGGCCGGGGAGGAGCUGGAGCCCGAGCCGGUCCAUAUGAUCAAUAUGGACCAGAGCGCAGCGCUGGAGCCCGAGGCGCCUCCGCGACUGCUGGCGCCCCGGGCCCGCGGCGGGCCGCCCGGGGACGGCGCCGAGCUGGACCCCGACGUGCUGCAGCGCCCCGAGCGGGCCCGGCUGAGCGAGAACACCCGGCUGGCCACCCGCUACGCCGUGCGCAUCUUCCGGGAGUACCUGAGCGAGAAGGCGCAGAGCCCGGACUUCGAGACCAUGGACAAGGGGGCGCUGUGCCGCGUGCUGCGCUCCUUCUAUGCCGAGGCCCGCUCCAAGAGCGGCCAGCUCUACAGCAAGUCGUCGCUCAUCAGCAUCCGCAGCUCCCUCAACCGCUACCUCAAUGAGCCCCCGUACUGCCGCACGCUCGACCUCACCAAGGAUCCCGAGCUGCGCAGCGCCAACCUGACGCUGGCCGCGGUCAUCCGCAAGCUCGAGGAGCAGGGCGCCGGGCCGGUGGUGCAGAAGCAAGCCAUCACGCGCGCCGACCUGCGCAAGCUGUACACCUCCAGCGUCUUCAGCACCAACACGCCCUUCGGGCUGCUCAACAAGGUCUGGUUCGAGACGUGCAUGUACUUCUGUACCCGCGGCCGCGAGAACCAGCGCGAGUUGGAGGAGGACUCUUUUGGGCUGGCCAUGGACGAGGACGGUCGCAAGUUCGUCUACUUCAAGUCCCUCGGGCCCUACCACAAGUCGCGCUCCUCGUCGUGGAGCAAGAAGCGCGCCGAGAGCAGCGACGAGGAGAACUUGCCCCGCAUGUAUGAGACGGGCACCGAGUUCUGCCCCUACGCCAGCUUCGUCAAGUACCUGUCGAAACGCAACCCUCUCUGUAAGGCAUUCUUCCAGCGGCCCCGGGACCACUGCAGCGAGGGCGAUGUGACCUGGUAUGAGAACAAAGCCAUCGGCAAGAACUUGCUAGGCACUAGGAUGCAGAUGCUGUCCAAGGCGGCUAAGCUCUCCAAGACCUACACCAACCACUGCAUCGGCGCCGUCUCCAUCGCCACGCUCAACAGCAUCGCGGGCAUUGGCACCAAGCUGGGCUCGCCCGCCCCGCAGGGCUGCUACGCCGAGGCUCUGAACGGGGCGGCACGGCACCACUCCCACCACCCCCCCACCCAUCCCUCCCACCACCACCGCCCCCAGCCGCCCUCGCUGGGGAACACUUACAUCCUCCCCAAAGACAGCCAGGUCGGGCCCGACGUGAAAUCCGAGGCUGCGCCCAAGCGCGCCCUGUACGAAUCGGUGUUCGGGUCGGGGGAAAUCUGCGGCCCCUCUUCCCCCAAAAGACUUUGUAUCCGCCCCUCGGAGCCUGUGGAUGCGGUGGUGGUGGUUUCCGUGAAACACGACCCCCUGCCUCUUCUUCCAGAAGCCAAUGGGCACAGAAGCACCAAUUCUCCCACAGUAGUUUCACCUGCUAUUGUUUCCCCCACCCAGGACAGUCGGCCCAAUAUGUCAAGACCUCUGAUCACUAGAUCCCCUGCAUCUCCACUGAACAACCAAGGCAUCCCUACUCCAGCACAACUCACAAAAUCCAAUGCGCCUGUCCACAUUGAUGUGGGCGGCCACAUGUACACCAGCAGCCUGGCCACCCUCACCAAAUACCCUGAAUCCAGAAUCGGAAGACUUUUUGAUGGUACAGAGCCCAUUGUUUUGGACAGUCUCAAACAGCACUAUUUCAUUGACAGAGAUGGACAGAUGUUCAGAUAUAUCUUGAAUUUUCUACGAACAUCCAAACUCCUCAUUCCUGAUGAUUUCAAGGACUACACUUUGUUAUAUGAAGAGGCAAAAUAUUUUCAGCUUCAGCCCAUGUUGUUGGAGAUGGAAAGAUGGAAACAGGACAGAGAAACUGGUCGCUUUUCAAGGCCCUGUGAGUGCCUCGUCGUGCGUGUGGCCCCGGACCUCGGAGAAAGGAUCACACUAAGCGGUGACAAAUCCUUGAUAGAAGAAGUAUUUCCAGAAAUCGGCGACGUGAUGUGUAACUCUGUCAAUGCAGGCUGGAAUCACGACUCGACCCACGUCAUCAGGUUUCCACUAAAUGGCUAUUGUCACCUCAACUCAGUCCAGGUCCUUGAGAGGUUGCAGCAAAGAGGAUUUGAAAUCGUGGGCUCCUGUGGGGGAGGCGUGGACUCGUCCCAGUUCAGCGAAUACGUCCUUCGGCGGGAACUGAGACGGACGCCCCGCGUACCCUCCGUCAUCCGGAUAAAGCAAGAGCCUCUGGACUAAAUGGACAUAUUUCUUCUGCAGAAAGGAAAACACACAAAACCAAUAACUCAAACAAAAAAGGGACAUUUAUGUGCAGUUGGGACAGCAAACCAGGUCCUGGACCUAAAAUCGAAUAAAAGACACAUUUAUAUCCAA